UUUCAAAAUUGUGAAUAAUUCAGCUUAUGCGAUAAAUACAGCUUCUGAUAAAAUCGACUAAGCUUGAUCCACUCUAACAUGCACCAGCACAAUACAAGGUUUACGAUGAGUUGAUCAGCUCCUACCUUGGCAGCUCUUCGCUCCAAAAGUGCCCCACACGUCACGUGCCUCGGGUGUUGCCCCCAGAAACGGCUAGCUUUCACACUGCGGGGCCCCAACACGUGACACUAUCAUCUGAUUCUCGGGCCUCGGAUAAGCACCCCAGAAUCAUCGAAUCUACGCGGAGUCAUCACUGUCAUAAAUUACCCGAAUCCUCCACUCUUCCACCCCACAUUUCACCAUGGAAGCAAGUUGCGGUCCCUCCAACGCAGUAUCCAAGCUCACCCAGCACUCCAAUAGAGACAACUCGCUUCAGCAUGAGUUCAGAGCCAGAAAUCACCCUGGCCAGGGUCCUCAGAGCUUUAGACAGGGCCAGGCAGUCGAUGCCCAUCUCAACCACGAGUUUCAGCAGUUCAACAGCGGCAACGACUUUGCCAGCAGCUUUAUGAGAUCCGGUGGCUAUAACGUGCCGCAUGUCCAGCAUCAACACCAACACCACCAGCCAGCACAAGCCUCCCAGAAUACCCACUGGGUCCAGGACUUUGCGGGACUCAGCAUCCAGAACAAGCCACAACAGAACGACUGGCAUCACCAGUUCAUGCAAAGCAACAACAUGCAGACCAAGCAUCACGAACAGUCACAAGCACAUGCCCAGUACGACAUGGGCCAAGCCCAGUACUCCAGCGGGCCCAGAUUCCAGAUGAACAUGCGAACCAACCUCUCCACACCUCUUUAUGCCCAGCAGCCUGCCGAGCAGGUGCUCCAGCAGCAUAAGCAGCAGCAGCAUGAUUUCGACUCGCAAUUCGAUCUCUUGGAAAAGGAGCUCGAGGCCCAGCAGCUCCGUGCUGCCAACGAGACAGUGACAGGCGAACUGGCCACCAUUGCUGACAAUGAUCUCGAAAAGGAACAGUUUGCCAAGACGGCUCAGCAGGUGGAAAUGUCCAUGAAGGCCUCGCAGUCUGCCAACACCGACAUGAACAACAAGAUCCAGAACUCGCAGUUCUUAAAAUUGAUGAGCUCCAUUGGAGCACGUCAGGUGGAGCUCGAGGGUGACAAGCUUGUGGACGCAUCCUCCCGCCAGGACGUCCGUGAUACUGAGCUCGCCGACCCUGUCACAGCCACAUCCCACCACAAAACAUGUCAACACGAAACAUGUACUGACGAAACAUGUCACCACGAAGCAUCCCACGACCAACCAUCCCACCACCACAGUUUGCACCAGCACAUACCCCACACUGGCCCCAUCAGGACUCACCAGGACCCUGCACACGAGAAUAAGUUACCCGAUCCGUUGGCCCACAUCAUGGACGGGGCUCUCGGUGAUAUCAGCGAGCCGCUACUUGCUGCGCAGGUCGUCAGUGGCAACCAAGUCCAGUCUGGCGAUUGGAUGGAAGACGACAUGUGGAGCGCACCUGUCAGGAAGCCCAAGAACAGCAUUCUCAGCCCCGAGUGGCAGGAGGUGUUUGAGGACUACCGGAACGACGAUGACUUCCACUAGGGGCAGUCUGUCAGGCUUGUCCUGGGCACUGGGAGGGUCCACUGGGAGGUAGACCAUAGAAGAACAUAUAGAUUCUGGGGUAGACCAUAGAAAAGUACACUCUGGGAUAGACCAUACAACAACAUAAACAGACAGACUUCAAAAGUGACAGGAUGGUUUCCGAGCAACGCUGGAUUACAAGCUACAAUUGUUAAGCAAUGCUACAAUUGUUCAAGCAAGAAUUAUUCCAAGCAAGGAUUGUCAAGCAAGGAUUGUCAAGCAGAAUUUCAAGCAGCGCAAUGCUCCCAAGCAACGCUGUACUUCCAGCCAUAUGAGCUUCCACAAAGCCGCUGGAGCAUUCUAGACAGUAUCAAUAUCGAUCCAACGGUCUCUUAGAGAUUGACAACUUGGAUACACCAUGGCACAUCUACCAUUUACGCACCAUUACAUACACCUCAUAUUUGCAUAGCAAUAUACGACAGACACUUAUUUCC